AUGGUCCACCAUACAAUCGUCGCCCUCGAGGCCAUCCACUCGCCCCUGCCCGAAUUCAAGCUGCCCGAGCCGCACACGCACACGCUGACCAGCUACCUGCGCACGUCGCGCGAAGACCUGCAUGACCGUAUCCGCGAUGCCACCAUCAUCAUCAACGUCGUCCAUCCCCUCGAUUCCGUCGCCCUCUCCGAGGAAAUCACCCCGCACCUGCAGCUGAUUGCUGUCAUGGGCUCCGGCUACGACUCGGUCGACCUGGAGACGUGCCGCCGCCGCGGCAUCAGGGUCACCAACUGCCCUCACGCCAACGUCCACACCGUCGCCGAGCACGUCAUAGGCAUGUACUUUGCCGCACGGCGGCGCACCGUCAUCAUGCACGAGCGCACCAUGGGCACACUGGGCAGCGGCACAGAGUGGAAGGAGAGGGCAACGCUGGCGCAGUACAUGCGUGUGCGCGGCGACGCACCGCUGAACUGCGAGGACGAGAUCCUGGGAAUUGUGGGAUACGGGGCCAUCGGGAAACGCAUUGCUCUGCUCGCCGGCGCUCUGGGCAUGAAAGUCAUUGUUGCCGGUCGCAAGGGGGAGGAGGCAGCCACGGAGGAUCGUGUUUCGUUCGCCGACGUUCUCCAAAAAGCCACCGUCCUCGUUCUUUGUUGUCCUCGUACCCCCGAAACCGUCAACCUCAUGUCCGAUCCUGAAUUCAAGGCCAUGCGCCCCGACGCUCUUCUCAUCAACGUGUCCCGCGGCGGUAUUGUGGACGAAGCGGCUCUGCUGACUGCGCUGAAGACAGAGCAGAUCGCGGGAGCAGCAGCGGAUGUCUUCCUCAAGGAGCCUGGCGAGGCCGGAAGAUACGCCUCGAGCCCUUUGCUGGGAUCCGAGGCGCAGGGUCUAAAUAUCACUGUCAGUCCGCACGUGGCUUGGUUCGGGGAAAAGACCAUGGCCAAUUACCAGCGCAUCCUCAGGGAGAACAUAGAGGGCUGGGUCGCCGGCAAGGAACAAAACAUCGUCGCGUGA